AUGCCGGCUUCCAGCGUGUAUGGCGAGCUGAGUGGCGAAGCGAAGAUGCUGGGUCAGAAUGCGGCGACGUGUCAGCAAAUCAACAGUUUCUUGAACGAUAAGGUCCAUGCGAGACGGACCCAGAUCCAGCAGUCGAUCCAUCAGGUCGUUAAAGUGGUGCAAGACGUCUUGAAGGACGUGGAGUUGCAGGAACCCAGAUUUAUCCCGACUUUGUUGGACAACAAUGGACGAUAUGAAGGGGUAAGGAUUUUUUGACAAUUUUUCUUUCAAAAAUUUGGACAUGGCCUCCCCCUAGGCUGGCUAUGCGAAGAAAUUCCAAAAGAAUGACCUGGGAAUAACAAGACAACCUAACGGCUAACAUGAGCUGUAAGAAUUCUUGUUAUUGACAAGCCAAACCUCUAGUAAUUUCUUCACAUAACCUUUCGAUACAACCAAUACCAAGUCGAAAUGUGCAUUAUCGUAUUGUUCUCAUUACCUACUUUCAGCUUGUUGUACACACUCCAGAAGAGUAUGAAGUCUUCCUUUACCUCAACCAAAUGGGGGUAUUCAACUUUGUUGACGACGGAUCAAUCCAAGGCUGUGCCGUGUUGAAACUCAGUGACGGAAGGAAACGGAGUAUGUCUCUAUGGGUUGAGUUCAUCACUGCUUCUGGGUAUUUGUCGGCUCGAAAGAUCAGGUCAAGAUUUCAAGCCUUGGUUAUGCAGUCUUGUGAGAAGCCACAAUUUCGAGACAAAUGCAAAGUUUUGACCGACACAAGCGACGUGCGGUUGAAAAUCUACGACAAAUUUGUUAUAACAGUAAGCGUUUACAAUUGUUUUCUUCUGUAUUUAGGUCAAAGAGACUUAUCUUUAACAUCUUUUUUAGAUAACUUGCGCCUUCCGCUGCAAUGGAAUCUGGCCUCGAUCGGCGUCUCACUGGCCUAGCCCUGCAUCUAGCUGGCCCUCUCCAGAGGUUGUAAAAGAAGUUCAUUAUGAAGGCUUCGACCUGCUUUCCAAAGACAUGGCAACUCCUAUAUCGAAUCCAACGCCUCAACAACAGCAAGCAAAGAAUCAAGCGGCCCAGAGUUCGAUGGAAAGCGAUGCCUGGGGAAUCUCCAUGAUUAAUGCUGAAGACCAUUUGUUGCGGCAUGUGAAUCGGCGGAUGGUUUAUUCAAUUCUGAAGACACUGAGGGAUCGGCAUUUGAAUUUCAGUGGAUCUCCAAUCAGCAGUUACAUAAUCAAGACUUUGGUGUUGUAUGAAUGUGAGAAACAUAUCAGUGAUGCGGAAUGGCACGAGUUUUGUUUGGGAGACAGAGUAAUCGGUAAGUUCUUGAUCUAUUUCUUUCUUUCCAUCCAAAUUCAGCACUUUUCCUCUUCAAUAGCAAACUUUUUUGGCAAAAAACUGGCGUUUGACCUUAUUUUAGCCCUGAAUCUUGUAUUUCAGUACAAAAAUAAUUUUUUUUUCAUUUUAGGUGUUCUUCUUCAACUAGUGAGCUGCCUGCAAUGUCACAAAUGUCCUCAUUACUUUAUACCUUCAUUGGAUUUGUUCCGCGGCCAUUCCGCGCAUUUAUUGGAUCACUCGGCCAAGGCCGUCUGGGCAUUGGUUCGACAGUUGUUGUUGUCAAGUCGAGCCUUGGAAUGUUUGUAA